CUGUACUUCAGUAGAGGUAGCACAGAAGGCUGCACACCUGGCUUAUAGCUGCACAGCAGACAUGGAGGAGCACAACCUUACAGUCAUACAGCUGCAGGAAUACGACUUUGAGAAAAGAUUCUAUGACCAAAAGGCCAUUACAUGGAUGCAGGAGAAUUGGAGCAAGUCCUUCUUCUUCUCACUGUUAUAUGCCGCACUGAUAUUUGGCGGCCAACGUGUGAUGAAAGAAAGGAAAGGGUUUGAACUGCGAAGGCCUCUAGUACUUUGGUCCCUGAUGCUUGCUGUGUUUAGUAUAAUUGGGGCAAUCCGUACUGGUUGGUACAUGAGUAAUACACUCCUCUCCAGUGGUUUCAAGGAGUCGGUAUGUGACAGUGGAUUUUACCGUGCACCUGUCAGCAAAUUCUGGGCAUAUGCCUUUGUCCUUAGCAAAGUCCCAGAGCUUGGUGACACUUUGUUCAUUGUACUACGCAAACAAAAGCUGAUCUUCCUUCACUGGUAUCAUCACAUUACAGUGCUGCUCUACACCUGGUACACCUAUAAGGACAUGGUAGCUGGAGGAGGAUGGUUUAUGACCAUGAACUAUACUGUCCAUGCCUUCAUGUACUCCUACUACACCCUGAGAGCCGCCAGGAUACGUGUGCCAAGGCCUUGUGCCAUGUUCAUCACCAUCACCCAGAUCUUGCAAAUGGUGAUGGGCACUUUUGUCAAUGUUCUAGUAUAUAAGUGGAGGCAGGAUGGGACAUGUUCAAGUACAGUGGAGAAUAUAUUCUGGUCAACUCUGAUGUAUUUAAGUUACCUGAUACUUUUCUGCAGCUUCUUUUAUAAGUCUUACUACAAACGCCAACCAAAAAGUAAGGAUGAUUAAUCAUACAUCGAUUACUAGCUUGCCAUCAUACAUUUCCCUAGAUAAAUGUGACCAGGGAUUGCAUUUUAUGUUAGUGACACUUUUUAAAUUCUUAAAUAUCUACUUGCCAGUAUUGCCAUUAGUGUGCAGUAAUCUAAACCACAUAUUCCUACUAGAUAAUUAACCGACAGACAAAUGAAAAUGUCACUUAUUGGAAAACUGGUUGCCAAGAUGACUAGUAGUCAACCUAGCCUGAAAACUGGAGGUGUCUGCAUUCUACUCUUGUUAACAUAUCCAAACAUGUGAAGGACUCCUACCAUGGUUUUAUAAUUAUUAGAUAUUAUUUAUAUGGUGCCACCAGCACAGGCUUAAAAAUCAAACAUUGAAAUAAUUAUACAACAAAAUGAUACACUUAUUAAGAGUAGCACUCAAAAAGUAACAAAUAAUAAAUACGGGCAAACGCGUUGGUGACAGCAGAAGCGGGCGGGAGAGAACACUACCAAGAGUCUGAAAUCUGAUGUCACCCAGCAGCCGCCGCAGAGGUCCCAAAGCUCUCCCGUAGAGACAUAGCGGUAUUGCAAAUACCGCCAAUGGGAAGAUAGGGUAAGACAGGGGGCCAGAUGCAUCAUCGCUUGGAAAGAGAUAAAA